AUGGUGUAUGGCGGUGAUCAGGAUGCUGGUAUGGUGUAUGGCGGUGAUCAGGAUGCUGGUAUGGUGUAUGGCGGUGAUCAGGAGCGCUGGUAUGGUGUAUGGAGGUGAUCAGGGUGCUGGUAUGGCAUGUGGCAGUGAACAGGGUGUUGCUUUGGGGUAUGGUGGUGAUCAGGACACUGGCAUGACAGUGAUCAGGACAUUGGUAUGGUGAAUGGGGGUGUACUGUGUGCAAUAGGACAUGUGACAGGGCCUCCCUGCAUUACUUAUUGUUAUUGUGGGGCAGUGAUCAGG